CGGCGCGAGGCGGGCGGGGGCGCCGCCGGGCUGCCGCCGGAGGCGCGGGCGGCGGACGCGCGGCUGAGGUGCCUGGAGGUGCUGCAGGCCGAGGUGCCCGACCCAGAGAGCCUGGCGGAGGCGCUGCGGGACGUGAGGCAGCUGGGCCUCGGCGCGGAGGAGGUCGGUCAGGCCCUGCAGAUGCACGCCCACUGCCUGCGACUCCGCGCCGAGGACACCGUGUCGCGCCGGGACGCCGGGCUGGAGGAGGUGGAGAGGGCCGCCGAGCUGCUGGAGGCGCACGCUGCCGCCGGCGAAGAGCCGCCGCUGCUCGCGCACGCCCUCGGCAGACUGGAGGAGGCCCGCGCCAAGG